UUUUUGACCCAUUUAAUAAAUUAAGAAUGACAAACAAGGUUACAAUAAAUGAAAGAAGUUUGUCUCGAUUCUUUAUCUACAAAAUAUCAUUAAAACUAAUAAAAAUUAUAAGUGGUAUAAUAAAAUAAUUAAAUUGUUAAUUUCCAUUUAAUAUAUUUUGUAAAAGAAUUACUGUAUAAUUAAUAAUAAUCGUACAAUUUUCAUACUGCUUCUAAUAUUAGUCAUAAAAGAUAUAAUUUCUUACAUUUACCCAUGUUUAUCAAUGAUAUUGACGUUAUCUCUGAAUCAUUCAAGAUUAGGCUAAGAAAGAGAUUAAUGAAGUAUAAGUAGAAACAAAGCUUGUGAUAUGAUUAAUUAUCAUUGUUUUAGAUAUCAGAAUAAGGACGUAUUUUUGGGAGUAAGCUUCUUUAAAUGUUUCCAAAAAGUCUUUAGUUGAUGAAUAUAUACAUCCAAAGGAUAUAAAAGAAAACGAAAACAUGGACAAAGGACAUGGUGCCACCUACGCAGGAAGUGAUAGCCACCUACUCGAAUACUGGGAGGAAUAUCAGAAAAUGAUAGAGGAAACAAAAAUGUUGGAUGAUUAUUUAGAUGAAGAAUGCAGCCCUCGAAGUUAUGAUGAAGGAGAAGAAGAAGCUGAAUGGUUACAUGCAGCAGGCUUAGGGCAAUUAACAGAGGCAUGGAAAGCAGGCAAGGAGGUACAACCUGAAGAAUUAGGUGCAGUUUUGCGUCCUCUAUCGCGAGCUCAAGCAGAAGCUGUGAAACGUCGCGUGAGAUCGCUUAAUCAUACAGUUAAACAACGUUUUAAUCAGCGUCAACGUGUUCGCAAACCAGACAUUAGAGAUGUCUUUAAAGAUGUAGAGGUAUAUCACAUUAAAGUAUUUUGAAUUGAUUGUAU